AUGGAAUGUUGGCACCACAUAGAGAUUACUGCAUCUGGGAGACCCAUCCUUAGAGAGAAUGAAAAGGAUAUUUUUAUAGAUUAUUCUGUUGGGUUAUAUGAUGGGAAGCAUAGAGUUCCUGAUAAACAAAACGGUAGAGUGUUUUUAACAUCUCAAAGAGUAAUAUAUGUCGAUGAUCAACAACCUAUUGAAUGUUCUGUAUUUUUAGAGUUAGAUAAUAUUAAAUCCAUUGAUUUUUCAUCAAGUUUCUUAAAGAGAUCUGCACGUAUCAUUAUAUUCUUGAACGAAUCCUCUACAAUCGUUAACACCGAUAAUAAAAAUUCCAAGAAUAAGGAGAAGGAUAUUGUAUCCUCUUGGAAUUGCCCAAUUUGUGCCCAUGUGAAUGAAACAAAAGGGAAAAUCACAGAAAAUAGUUCAAAUGAUUUGGUAUGUUCAAAUUGUGGUAUACCUGCAGAAUUCUCAACAAUAACGGACUCUUUGGCAUUUAAGACCGUAAAGCAAGAAUCAAAUGCAAAUGAAUGUCCAUCAUGUACUUUUAUAAACCACCCUUCAUUGACCAAUUGUGAACUUUGUGGUACUCGCUUGAUUCAUUCACAAAUGAACCAAACUAGAUCGAAACAACGUCAUCAUCACCAAUCUCGUACUACCGCAUCCAAGAAUGAAUACGUACAAUUGAGUUUUAGGAAAUCAGAUGGAUCGUUAUUUGGUCAAUCGUUAGAGGCUAUGUUGGAUAAAUUACGAAAAAGGGAUGUAUUUAAUAAAGAUGUUGUCAGUGUUAAUGGUGUAGCUGUAAAUGAAAAUGAAAUUAAGAAAUUCCAGGAAAGUUUUGAUUCAAAUCAUAAUAUCGAAGUUAUCAAAGAUAAAUUUAAUUCUAUUGGGAUUAGUGGAUUGGAACGCUCCAGAGAGAAUCAAUUAGCAAAUAAUGAUAUUUUAUUUAAUAGUGCAUUAUCUGAUAUGAAUAAACUAAUAUCUUUGGCCCAUAACAUAGAACGACUCUAUAAAGGUAGCAAUAGUGAUACAACGACAUCUAUUAAUAAACAACAACCAUCAUUGAUAAUCGAUAGAGAUAAGUUCUUGAAUAAAGAUUUAUUUCUGGAUGAAAUUUCAAGAGAUAUAUACGAGUACGCAAUUGCUGAAUCACGGGAUAAUGAAACAAAUAAUAUCAUGAUCACUUUAGUAGAUCUUUAUGCCAUGUACAAUAAGGCAAUGAGGAUCGGAACUGGAUUCAUCUCUCCAAAGGAAAUGAGAGAAGCUUGUGAAAGAUUUGAGAAAUUAGGUUUACAUGAGUUGAAACUAAUGAAAAUCAAUAGUAGAAUCCUCUGUAUCUGUAGUCAAAAUUCUCUCAACUAUGUGGCUGCGCAAAUAGUGAAUAUCGUGACUCAAGAACCGGGUUCAGAUAUUUUGAGAGUAAAUCAACGGUUGACCUCAAGUAACGACGGGAAAUCAAAUUGGACAACUGGUGUACUUACCGAAAUUCUUCAAUAUUCUGUUAACGAAGGUUCUCUUGUAACUGAUGAACAAUUGACUGGUAUAUACUAUUAUAAAAAUAAAUACUGGUAA